AUGCAGGAUAGUAUUGACGCUCCCCGAACUAAUGCCUAGGAUCGUCUCAAUGUUCGUGUACGUGUUUCGUGGGUCUUCUCGCACCAACAUUUCAGAUGUCCACAUAUUUUCUACAGUAACUGCUGUUUCCGGGCGUCCGCCUCUUAGGUCAUCUUCAAGACAUGAUAGUAGCCGAAUACUGGAGGGCGGAUUACCUUUACUGGGUAUUCCCGGUCAUCUUCAUCCUUGGUCUUCUAGCCAUACUUGGAUUGUUAGCUGUUGUUCUCCUCAUAAGACUCUACGCUCAGUACACUUGCGGCCGAUUUCGUAAUAAAACCAGAAUGGACGGGAAAACUGUAAUCGUUACUGGAUGUACCAGUGGGAUCGGAAAAGAAACAGCAAGAGAGCUGGCGAAGAGGGGCGCUAGGGUUAUUAUGGCAUGCAGGAAUAUUGAGGCUGCUGAGAAAGUCAGAGAGGAAAUCAUUGACACAACAAAGAACACAAAAGUACUCGUCAAUAAACUGGAUUUGAGCUCCUUUGCGUCAAUUCGCAAAUUCGCGGAAGAUAUCAACAAGACAGAAACUCAAUUGGACGUCCUUAUUCACAAUGCUGGAUACGCUCAGACUUUCAAAAAGGAUAAAUCCGAAGACGACAUAGAACUGACCAUGGCUACAAAUCACUACGGUCCAUUUCUAUUGACUCAUUUGUUAAUAGAUUUGCUAAAAAAGAGUGCUCCGUCUAGGAUUGUCGUUGUCGCUUCUUCGUUGUACAGACUAGCUUCAUUCAACUUGAACAACCCGAACCCGGUUAAUACUCUGCCUGGAUAUUUGUACUACGCCUCGAAAGAAGCAAACAUACUUUUCACCAGAGAGUUAGCCAGAAGAUUGGAAGGUACUGGAGUGACAGCGAACUGUUUACAUCCAGGAGUGGUUGAUACCGGAAUCUGGCGGUCUGUUCCUGCUCCUCUGAGCUGGCCCUUGGCUUUGAUCAAUAAAUUAUUCUUCAAAACGCCAGUUCAGGGUAGUCAGACGACUGUCAUGCUGGCUGUUGAUGAAAAAUUGUCCACAGUAACUGGAAAGUACUUCUCGGAUUGCAGAGAAAGCACUUUAUCCGCGUCCGUUUCUGACAUGAACAAGGCUAAGAAGCUUUGGGAGAUUUCGGAAAAGAUGGUUAAAUUGGAAGAAAACGAUCCCAAGAUUUAAUAAAACCAAUGGAAAUGGAGUAAAUUUGUCUUUAAGUAAACAAAUCCACGUGAUCCCAGGAAGUAUUCGCAAAUUUAAUGCGAGAAACAUUGAGAAAGGUUAUUUUGUACUGGACACAUUCAUUCUACAAGGUUUUGAAAACGCUAUUAAUAUUAAGUAGUUGGUAUUGCAGGGACGCUAGUAUAAAAUUAGUAAACAAUAGGAUUGAAGUUACAAAACCGCGUCGGGUGAUUUCGACAGAAUCGAAAUUAUUGUAAGGCCGUUAGGGUUAUGUUAGUUAAUGUGCUAAUAUGGUGUUAACGAUGCGUUAUUUUUAUAAAAGAUUUGUAAAUUUAUUAAGUGUUAUAAUCAUUAAUAAUAAAGCUUACAAAAUAAGUCUUGACUUAAAUUAUACAAUAACAAUAAUGUUUUGUGUGUAAAACCAUUUAAGGAAACUGAGGCUAGAAAUAAAAUUACUGAUUUCGAUCACGUUUUUUUAAAAGUUUUUUUUUCACACACUCCUAGCCUCGCACUAGAAAGUAUGUGACUACCGCUCUGUCAACUGAGCUACAGACCGAGUCAGCAGAUCUUACGAAUUUCUUUAUGUGCCUGUGCGGAUGUUUGUGCUGGGUUUAAACGGCUUUUUUGCUGCCACCUGUGAGAUGUUACAAAAGUUUCUUCACUCAGGUACCUAAAUGGCUAUCAGAAAACUGACAAAGAUGUCGCUAUAUUUUUUUAAAGCACACACUCAUAGCCCCGCAUUAGGGACGCCCAUAUCCAUACACACCUAGACAACCACAAAUUACACCCAAACACACGAGACAAAUUUUUAAAGAUUUCUCUCACCC